AUGUCACCAUUGCAUAGGGCUGGUUACUACUUGAACCCUUUCUACUAUUACCAAAACAAGAAGAGUAUAGAGGAGAAUGAUUCAUUUAGAGAUGGUGUCAUAACUUGCAUCACCAAGCUUGUUCCAGAUGAAGACACUCAAGACUUGAUUAUUGAGGAGCUCCAAAAGUUUCAGGAUGCAGAAGGAUCAUUUGGCAAAGACAUUGCUAAAAGACAGUGCAAGAACAUUCAUUUUGAUCCUGCUAAGUGGUGGCUCAACCAUGGAAGUAGUAUACCAAACCUAAGAAAGUUGGCUGCAAGAAUUCUAUCUCUCACCUGCAGUUCAUCAGCCUGUGAGAGAUGCUGGAGUAUAUUUGAACAAGUGCACACAAAGAGACGCAAUAGGCUGCUGCAUGAUAGAAUGAGGGAUCUAGUCUACAUCAAAUUCAACUCAAUGCUGAGGCAAAAGAAGGCUAACAAGGACAAAGAUCCCCUGGAGAAACCUGUUGUUGAUGCAUUAGAGGAUGAGGACAAUGAGUGGAUUACUGGCCUAGAGCCAACAGAAGUUGAUCCAGAGAAUGAGGGAGAAACUGGAGCUGGAGGAUCAUCACAGGGAAGUGCAGCUGCACCUCAAAGAGAAGAAACAAGGAGGGGAGGAUCCAGGAGUAAGAAGAGGAAGAGGUUGAUCCCUAGUUCUUUAGAAGAUGAAGAACAAUCUGCCCCAUCUUCUGAUGGAGAAGAAGACACUGCAAUGCAUCCUUGUUUCAGUUCUGAUCUUGGUUCAGAUUCAGAAGGACAACAUAGUGACUGA